UGCGCUGCCAUGGCGUUCGGGAAGAGUCACCGGGACCCAUACGCGACCUCCGUGGGCCAGCUCAUAGAAAAGGCUACAUUUGCUGGAGUUCAGACUGAAGAUUGGGGCCAGUUCAUGCACAUCUGUUACAUAAUUAACACUGCCCACGAUGGGCCAAAAGAUGCAGUAAAAGCUUUGAAGAAAAGGAUUUCCAAAAACUACAAUCAUAAAGAAAUACAACUUACCUUGUCGCUUAUUGACGUGUGUAUGCAGAACUGUGGUCCGAGUUUCCAGUCUCUGAUUGUGAAGAAGGAAUUCGUUAAAGAUAGUCUAGUUAAGCUGCUGAGUCCCAGAUACACCUUGCCAAUAGACAUUCAGAAUAGAAUUUUGAAUUUCAUUAAGACGUGGUCGCAGGGUUUCCCAGGAGCUGUGGAUGUAAGUGAAGUGAAAGAAGUGUACCUGGACCUCCUUAAGAAAGGUGUUCAGUUUCCUCCAUCAGAUGCAGUGGCUGAAACAGCCAGACAAGAGAUCUCACCAAAUCCACCACCAUCUGUUCCUACUGCACCAGCUCUUUCUUCUGUAGUUUCCAAGAGCUCCACUAUUAUAUUGGUCCCAGAACAGAUUGGAAAACUGCGCAGUGAAUUGGAUAUGGUGAAAGUGAAUGUGAGAGUGAUGUCUGCCAUAUUGAUGGAGAAUAUUCCUGGGUCUGAAAACCAUGAAGACAUAGAGCUUUUGCAGAAACUUCAUAAGACAGGUCGGGAGAUGCAGGAGAGGAUCAUGGACCUGCUCGUGGUGGUGGAGAAUGAAGAUGUCACUGUUGAGCUAAUUCAGGUGAAUGAGGAUUUGAAUAACGCCAUCCUUGGAUAUGAGAGGUUCAUUCGAAACCAACAAAGGAUUUUAGAGCAAAAUAAGAACCAGAGGGAAGAUGCCAAUACUACCAGUGAACCUUCUGCCCCGUCCUCUGAUCUCCUUGACCUGAGUCGCAGCCCUCUGAUGCAUAGGGCCACUUUGGGAGAACUCAACACCCUGAAUGCUCAGCUUUCAGACUUAAAUUUCAGCUCUCCAAGUCCUGUUGUAACAAACAACUUGAAACCCAGUCUUCAUCCACAGGUGGAUUUGCUAGCCUCAGAAAACACAGAAACACCCCUGUUUGUCCAAAGGACCAGCCAAAACCUCACCUCAAGUCCUACAUAUGAGAGUUUUCCAGAAUAUUCAAAUUCAGUAUUACUACAGCCAGUUACUCUAAAGACCAUUCCAGCAACACCAUCAAACGAGAGACCGCCAUCCCUGCCCAGCAAUCAUCCAGCGAUGACAAAGAAUGAUUUCCCGCCACCCAAUUACUACGAGGUAAUGGAGUUUGAUCCCUUAGCUCCUGCUGUCACCACAGAAGCUAUUUAUGAAGACAUUGAUGUUCACCACCACAAAGGAGCUCAAAGUCACAGUGACCACUGAGGUGGAAGUGGAUGACCAGCUCACUAGCAGCAUUAUGGGUGCCAAUUCUCCUAAAGGUAGACCCUGUCCAGCUUUGAGACCCAGAAGUUAAGACCUUCCAGAAUGUCAAAGCCACAGUGGAACAUUUCUCCUCUGCAGUAAUGAGGUUUAAACAGAAGAGUAACAGUUCCAGAGUAACAUUUAUGGUUCCUGACAGCAGCUCAAGCUUUAUCUCAAAAGAACUUGGUUGUAAUAUAUAUUCACUUAAAACUUAAGCAAAAGAAAAAUUCAUGGUACUGAGGCCAACCAGAUUAAGUGUAGCACCUCAUGUUUCAGACCUUCCUACAUUUAGAAAUUAUCACAAGAGCUCGGAUAAGAGUAGAUGAAGACUGUUUCAUUACAAAAUAAUUGUUAACAGAUGGAAGCAUGAAAUGUGAAAAACUAUUAUUAUUCAGGAGAAUACUGAGUGCCUUCACUUAACUAAAGUUGAAUGUAAAAGUCAAUUUGCACUUCUUUAUAAAUAAUACUCUUGUUUAGGAUUAUGAAUUGUAAAAGCCUUGAUUGUAGUUUAAUAUUUCAGGUACCCUCAAGAGGUUACUGUAUUCUACACUGUUUGCCUUUAAAUAUAAUUCUUUAUAACACUAAA